GCCAACAUUUUUUUUGUUUGCAUCUCUUGCCUCACUCCCGAGUCCAUGACAAGCAGGUAGAUACCAUUCUUUCGGCUAUAUGUGCAGUAAAAAGGGAGAGCCGGGCAGAGCUCGCCCACCGCUAAUUAGCUUAGCUCAAAUGCUUGGAGUCAAUGGGUAUUGUUAGCCUGCCUCUGCCUGCAGUCAUCAGAUAAACUCUUCAGCAACUCUAAAUGGUACUGUGUGCUUGUUGUGACUCGUUUUUACCGCGUUAUGUUACGUUAUCUAUUUUUAGACUAAGAUUAACACUUUAUAUAAGUUUUGAAAGAAGUACAUAGGAAACUAAACCGCAGUUUUUGCGUAUGCGCAAACCACCGCGGACGUGCUUGGAAGUAGGUAAACAGAACAAAGCCUCUGUUUAGGAGAAGAAGAAGAUUGCAACUACGGAUUAUGGCCAACUUUGUAAGAGAGGACGAAGAUGAUUUUUUAGGGACUGACGAAGAUCCACAACCUUACCUAUUUGAACCAGAAUAUACAGAGGAGGAACUACAUGUUUUGGAAGCUGAGCGUGCACGAAGAGAAGCUGAGACAGUCGAACAGCCUGGGGCCGAGGAGAGAGUCAGAAUCGGCAUGGACUGGUGGUGUAGAUGUGGGGCUUGUCAACCUAUGCCGACAGAAAACGAGUGCUUCUGCUGUACUGAGUGGGAGUUGGUGCUGCCAUCGAUGGGGAGGCUUGAUAUAUCUGGCGAAGAGGACAAUACACAAAGAGAUUGUGUCACAACGAAUGAUGCUUUUCCAGCUUUAGUAAAUCCCGCAGUUGUUGAAACUUUUUUCCAUCUACCCAGAAUAAACUGGAAAAAACGCCCCAGGCCGUCUGGACCUAACGGACAGUUGUCCGUAGAACAAUACAGGUUGGUGUCCUACCGCAUUGCUUUGGAGUGGGCCCUGAAGGGAGAAACGUUGGGGAAAGGCAAUUGUAAACCUUUGCCAUCGUGUGUUGUCAGUGCUAUUCGUAGAAGAUAUCCCUCACCAACGGGAACAUACCAAGGAUUCCAAGAGGCACAGGAUGCUAUGGAUAUGUUGUAGACCCAAAAGCUUACAAGCCAUUCCAGUUAUCAAAACACUAUAUAAAGACUUGUCUUGAUCACACAAUUGGUUGAUACAUUCACUAUUCAUAUCCUUGUGACAUAUCUGCUGGCUAAUAAUUGUGUUCACUACCUUCCUAUAAUACUCUCUUUUUACCCUAAUAAAAGUUUCAAUACAGCAUUAUGUUGUUAUUAUUACAUGCAGUGUAGUAACAAUCUGUGAACAGACAGGUGACUCCUGAAAUUGUAAAUAGAAUACACACCAUAUAUUAGUUCAAUACUCAACCUUCUGACAGCUAAAUAAUUUCAAAAUAGUUUCUCUUUUGUUGUGUGACAAGUUCAUCUAUCUCCAACACUGCCCUCUUCUCUCAAUCCUUCCACCAUAACUGUUUUCCUUGUUUGUUUGAGGACAUCAACAGUUGUGAUGGGAGGAUCAGGAAGAGGGCAGGGUUUGAGAUUGCUGUGUAAUAACAUCUGUAAGCUAUUUUUAUCAAACAUUUCAAUGUACAACUUGUAAAUAACAUGAUCAAAUUUUCAAAAGUAAAAUGACAACUCAC